AGCCCAGGGGGAGGGGUUGUGGUGGCCAGAUAGUUGCCUAGUUGCACUGCCAUGGCGUCAUUAAAGGCUUGCAGAGUACACAUCAUGCUGCCUCGAACAGAUUUGGCCUUGGCUCUCAAGUACCUUUCGAAGAACGGCCCGGAGUCCUGCAGCUAUGUCGAACUUCCUGUUGAAGGGAAUGAAGCCAUGCCAACUGACUACACAGAGGAGCUGCAAAAGGCUGAGGUGCUCCUUACUACUCCUGGGCUGCUAGGAAGCAGACUCUAUUCUGUGCCUAAGCUCCAGUGGGCCCAGAUGACCUUUGCUGGCAUUAAUGAGCUUUUGGAGCAAUACCAACCAGAUGAGCCUGAACCGCCGUUUGCCAUCACACGGUUCGCCAGCGCCAAGUUCGGUCGCGAGCUGGCUGAGUGGGUGCUGGCCGCUGUGCUGUGCCACGAGCGCGGCUUUCAGCGGCUGUGGGAGGCACAGCGCCAGCACCGCUGGGCUCAGCGCGGCCACAUGUACCGGCCGCUCUCCCAGCUCACCAUCGGCGUGCUGGGCACCGGCCAGAUGGGCUAUCAGGCUGGCCUUCUCUUCAAGCAGCUGGGGUGUCGUGUGCACGGGCUCGCGAGGACGGAGAAGGCCCCUGACGAAAUCUUCGACAAGAUGUUCACGAGCGGCCAACUGGGCGAGCUCAUGCAAUCGGCCGACUACGUCUGCAACCUGCUACCGAGCACGCCGGCCACGCGCGGCCUGCUGUCGCCAGCCGUGCUUGGUCAGCUGAGGGGUGGCCCCGUGCUCGUCAACGCCGGCCGGGGCGACUUGGUGCGCGAGGCGGACCUGGUGGAGGCGCUGCGUGCCGGCCAACUUUCUGGCGCCGUGCUGGACGUGUUCGAGACAGAGCCGCUGCCGGCCGACAGCCCACUCUGGGACAUGGAGCAGGUGACCAUCAGUCCGCACGUGGGCAACAUCAGCCGGCUGGACGAGGUGGGCCGCACCUUCCUGGACAACCUGGAGCGCCACCUGGCCGGCCGGCCGCUGCUGCACCGGCUCGACUGGCGCAGGGGCUACUGAGCCACUGGCUGGGUCCGGACGGUCGCUGCUGCACCGGCUCGACUGGCGCAGGGGCUACUGAGCGGCUG